AUGAAAGUCGCCAGCUGCGGCAUCCACGGUUUUCACGAGACUAUCGGUCUCGAUGUUGACGCAAUUCGAGUGUAUUGGGCACUGGAGAGCCAUGAGUAUGCACGACAAUCGGCGUAUAGGGUGUUGAUAUCUACCUCCGAUCUCGCGCACACUGAUCAGGCGUCCUCUCCCGCCGACACCGCGUGGGAUUCUGGCAAAGUCAGCACAGAUGAGCAGAGGAAUAUCCUUUGCAAACCGGCCAAAGGCUUUCACUCGACAUGCAGUUACUACUGGAGAGUAACCGUGUGGGAUGAGAAAGAUGUUGCUACGAACUCAGAGGUUCAGAGCUUCUUUACUGCAUAUCCACGGUCGCAGCUAUUGCCACCAUAUUCCAUGAAUCAGAAGUAUAUGCCGCACUCGAGCCUCAUAUUCCGUACAUGGUUCGAAGAUAUAGAAAACAAGUGGAAAGCUGUCUGGAUUGGUGAUGGUGGUGACAAGCCAUUAUACCUUCGCAAAAGCUUCGAUUUGGCUCGGAAACCUUCCAAAGCUAUCGCUUUAGCAUCCGGUCUUGGUCACUUCGACCUGCAUGUGAACGGCCAGCGUGCUUCUGAUCAUGUGAUAGAUCCUGGAUGGUCCAAUUAUCAUCGCACCGUCCAAUACGUUGGCUAUGACUUGACUACCCAUCUCGAUGCUGGACAGAACGUGCUUGCCACUCAUCUGGGUAAUGGCUUCUAUGCUGGUAGCGGCACCGAGGAAGAUCGCUUCUUCUGGCCCAUGUAUGAAGAUAAUACAUACGUCCGAUACGGCAAUGAGUUGUGUUUCUUCGCCGAACUUCAUCUGUUCUACGAAGAUGGGACGCACGACAUCAUUCACUCCGAUCCUUCCUGGAAGGUCCGCAAGAGCGCUACGACGCUCGCAAAUAUAUACGCCUCUGAGACUCAUGAUAAGCGCCUCUAUCCUUCUGGCUGGACGUCGCCUGGCUUCGACGAGACCGAAUGGGUUGCCGCAAAGCCACUCACAGGACCUCGAGGUCUUCUGCGCUAUCAGAGUCAGCCACCUGUGAUACUCCACGACAAGCUGGAACCUCAGUCAAUCACGGUCCCUCGUCCUGGCGUGGUCUGCUUUGACCUUGGACAAAACGCCUCCAUCAUGCUGCAUCUGUCCGUCGAGGGCCCUGCUGGCGCUGAGGUCAUCGUGCGGUACUCAGAAACUGCAAACGAAGAUGGCACCGUCCUCAUGCCCGACCAAUUGUUCAAGGACUUCGAGACGAAGGUCUACUCCAAAAUCUUCCUGGCAGGUACAGGCACGCCUGAGGAUUGGCGACCCGACUUCUCGUUCACCGCCGCUCGUUACAUUCAGAUUGAGGGCGUCUCGAUGGAAGAGGGGCAAGGACUACCUGUCGUCCGAUCUUUGUAUGCAAGACACAUCUCAUCUGCGUCGCAGCGGGUGGGCUCGAUGAAGACUGAUAAAGAAGAUGUCAAUGCAUUGAUCAAAGCCUCGCAUUGGUCGCUGUCUAGUAAUAUUUUCAGCUACCACACCGAUUGUCCGCAGAUCGAGAAAUUUGGAUGGCUCGAAGUGACCCAUCUUCUCGCUCCUGCUUCGCAAUAUGCCUUCGGCAUGGAAGCUCUUUACACAAAGAUCAUCUAUGACAUGAUCGAUGCUCAAGAACCUAGUGGCCUUGUACCUACUAUGGCUCCUGAGAUUCGAUACAUGUGUGGACCCCUGCACGACACAAUCAGUUGGGGUGGAGCAUUGUGUCUCUUACCUGAGCUUCUCGUCAAAUACUACGGCUCUACCUGGGUUAUCCCACAAGUCUACCCAGCUGCAGUACGAUACAUGGAUUACAUGAAGACAAAAGAACGUCUCGGAGGCUUGAUUGAGCACGGCCUCGGCGACUGGGGUCGCGACAUUGCUUGGGGCAAUCUGCAAGCAAAUAUUGAAACAGCAUACUACUACAAAUGCCUUCAAAACACCUCGAUGAUGGCUGAACACCUCGGCUUGACCGAAGAUGCUAGGAAGUACCAGACUUGGGCCGCCCGUGUCCUCGAAGUCUACAAUCGCGAACUCCUCAUUACAGACGAAGAGAGCUCGCAACAUGUUUACUAUACAUCCCGCGACAAUAUUGGUCAACGCGAUUGCCAGGCAGUGGCUCAAGCCUACGCCCUACAAUUCAACAUGGUACCGACCAAACAUAUCGCUUCCAUCCAACGCGCCUUCCUCACCAGCGUAAGCGACAACCGCAUCCGCUCUGGCGAGCUAGGAUUGAAGUGCAUCUUCGAAACCCUCAUCGAUCUCCACCGCCCCGAUAUCGUACUGGCAAUGGCAAGACAAGAAGAACAUCCCAGUUACAUGCGCUUUCUACGCAAGGGCGAAACCACAUUCCUCGAAUUCUGGCAGGAUGAGUGUAGAUCCAAGAGCCACGAUUUAUUCUGCACGAUUCAUGAAUGGUUCUAUGCUGGUGUGUUAGGUAUCCGGCCGCGAGGGGACGCGUAUAAGACUUUCAGCAUUGAGCCUCCGUAUGAGUCGGAGUUCAAGGAUGUGGAAGGCCAGGUUGAUUGUCCUUAUGGAAGGAUCGCAGUCAAGUUCAAGGAGACCGCUGAGAUGGUUUUACUCAAUGUCACAGUCCCUGUCGGGACUGAAGCUUCGAUUCGCGUACCGGAAAAUCUCGGAGCUAGCGUCAAGGUAACGAGAAGCGGUAGCGAAGAGAAAGCAAGCAGAAAUGGCAAUUACCUGGAGCUUAAGAACGGAGACUUCACCAUCGAAUUUAGGUAG